AUGGCAGACGGUUCCAAAGUAUUUAAGAAGGCCAGCUCUGAUGGGAAGUUAUCUAUUUACCUGGGAAAACGAGACUUUGUUGAUCACACAGAUUUUGUGGAGCCAGUAGAUGGAGUCAUUCUGAUUGAUCCAGAAUACCAGAAAGAGAAGAAAGUCUUUGUGACACUGACCUGUGCUUUCCGAUAUGGUCGAGAUGACAUGGAACUCAUUGGCCUCAGUUAUAGGAAGGAUAUAUACUGUCUUUCAUGCCAGGUGUAUCCACCUCUACCUGAGGAUAAGAAACCCAUGACUCCCCUACAGGAUAAACUGACUAAGAAGCUAGGGGCCAAUGCCUUUCCGUUCUGCUUCAAUAUGGCCACGAACUUGCCAUGUUCUGUAACUCUACAACCAGGGCCAGAAGAUGCUGGAAAGUCCUGCGGAGUGGAUUUUGAAAUAAAAGGAUUUUGGGCAGACAAUUUAGAAGAGAAAGUUCACAAGAAAAACUCUGUACGCCUCGUAAUUCGGAAGGUCCAGUAUGCUCCGGAAUUAACAGGACCUGCUCCACGUGCAGACAUUACACGCCAGUUUAUGUUGUCCGACAAACCAUUGCAGCUAGAAGCUUCACUUGACAAAGAGAUAUAUUAUCAUGGGGAGCCUAUCAAUGUAAAUGUGAAAAUUAACAACACAACGAACAAGAUUGUGAAAAAGAUUAGAAUUUCAGUGGAGCAGGUGACAGAUGUAGUUUUGUAUUCCUUGGACAAGUACUCCAAGAUUGUAUGCAACGAAGAAAUAAAUGACAAUGUAGCAGCAAAUUCUGCACUAUGUAGAACCUACUCAGUAACACCGAUUCUGGCCAAUAAUCGUGAGAAACGUGGUCUGGCAUUGGAUGGUCGACUGAAACAUGAAGAUACCAACCUGGCAUCAUCUACAAUAAUGCGUCCAGGAAUGGAUAAAGAGGUGAUGGGAAUCUUGGUAUCUUAUAAAGUCAGAGUAAGUCUGCUGGUGUCUAGAGGAGGCAUUCUGGGGGAUUUGACAUCAAGUGAUGUUGCUGUGGAACUGCCACUAACGUUGAUGCAUCCUAAACCAUCUGAGAGUGAUGCUGAAGAUGUGGUGAUUGAAGAAUUUGCUCGACAGAAGCUGCAAGGAGAAAAUGAUGACGAAGAUGAAAAGGAAGGAGCAGAGAAAGAGAGUACCAGCUAGAAGAUGGAAAUGAAAAAGCAGAUAGAGUAGUAGCGGAAAUAAUUACAGAAUCUGUUCUGUCACUAUGUCUCAGGCUAUAUUUGUAGAACGUGUUUAACAUUGUAAAUCCAGGUAUCAAUCAUCAAUCACCCAGCAGUGACUUUGUGAAAUAAAAAUCUAUCAUUUAUGAGGGUGCAGCAGCAUCCCAGUAUGUUUCACUAGAUGUGUGGUUUCCAGUGUAAGUCCCAUUGACAUUGUAAGAGAUACAUUAAAAUAAAUAUGAAUUAUUUAAUCUUGAAGUGUCUGAACGUUUGUUAGAACAGGGUAAACUGUAAUCCUCACUAUAGUAGAGUGUUAUAAAACGGUAUUCAUAUAACCUUAUGUAAAAUUUCUAAUGAGAUAAG